AUGAAGAGAGGGACGAAGUGUGUCGUGCAGACCAUUAAUCUGUCCAAUCCGAAAACGUGUAUAAAGCCGAAGGUUCAGGGACUCGUUAGCGCGAAUGUAGAUUCCGCCUGCGAUCCUAAUCGCGCGAGCGAUUACUGGACCCCUAGACCGGUGGCGGUUAAAGUUUGCUCCUGGAAAGAUGCGCAGAGGAGGUGUCCGCCAAAGGUGAGGGGGGACUGCCGAAGUUCUCAAAGUUAUACGUCGCCUUUAUUCAUGCAGUACUGCGAAUUUCCCCCGGAGCCUCCGCCACUUUCGACCAACGCGAAACUUUGCAGAGUCGCGACGUUUUUUGCGAAAGGCGCCAUUGUCGCCGCUCUCAUCUGCUGGACCUGCACGGAGGGUCUCUGGGGCGACGGCGCCGAGACGGAGGAUCUGUAUUACAGGAUGACCAGCGUGAUUUUUCCCGAUCGGCCGGCAGCGAGUCUCGAGGAAAUAAAGUGCACCGUGUUCGAGGCGUACAAUCGCGCGGUGGUGGAGGGUAUGGAUAUCAUCGUCGGCGCGUCGACCGAGGUGCAUCGCAGGCUGCGGGAUCUCUUGUUCCCCUGCGACGCGGCGGAGGAAAGGACGCAGGAGAGACGGUCCGGCGAGAAUCCCGCGGAAAUGUAA